AAUAUGUUGUCAUAACAACUUACCACACGGUUUUGAACAAUGGGAGAUUUAGAGGAUUUUUUGGAAAAGUGGCCAGCACAUGCCCUUGGAAGGGUGUUUGCAAAGUCAAAUGCGUGUGUUAUCAAUAAUAAAUUAGUUUCACUGACAGAAGUUGAAACAAUUGUAAUUUGAAAAGAAAUACCUAACAUUGUUGCCAAACCAAAAUUCCUUGAUACACUCGAAAAGAAGAUAUGCAGUGGUUUAAAAAAUAUACAGUCAGAUGACAGGGACCUUAGGUUUCAGAUUUACAAAGAAGCAUUUCAAUCAUUUAUCCAUGAGUUCAAGACAUACAGAACGUUUCUUUCCGUCAUCAACAAGGAAUAUGAAGAAUACUUAAACUUUUAUAAGGCUGAGGCACAAAAGCUUAGACCAGUCAAGGAAUACCUCUGGACAAUCUCUCAAGAGUGCGAUGAACGUAUAUUGAAAAUACAAAAGCGAGAAAGGCCGGGUAACCGUUUACUUUUUAGUCUAGCAACAUACAAGAACUCAAUAGUUUGAAACGAGAAAUUAUAAGACUGAGAGAAUUGGUUUCACAAUUAAAGGAGGAUAAGAUUGGUCUAGAAACUCAGGUAGAACAAUUAACUCAGUCAAUUAAAGAAGAACACGACAAAUUUAGAUAUGAAGCUGAUGCAAAACGGUUGUUAAUAUCGGAAAUUAAUGCAAUGAGAAUGCAGUUUGAUGAAAGUGAUGGGGUAUCUAAGCAACUACAAAGUAAAACUAACCGACAAGAUGAUCCAGUCUUGUUGAAAAUCGCACUAGAGCAAGCAAGAAAAGCUCAGUCAGCUUCUGAAUUUGAAGUGGUUCGACUGAAAGCUGAAUACGUGAAUGUUAUGCCUAAAAGUCGGUAUGAUGCCUUAUGGGAAGAAAAUAAUAAAAUAAAAAACGAUUAUGACAUGAAGAUUAAAGAAAAUGAGGAAUUAAAUGAAUCUUUGGAACUUCUAAAAAAUCAAUUAAAUGAAGUUAUGAAACAACGUGAUCAAUCAGAAAUAACAGUUCAACAGUUACAAAGAGUAUCAACACCGAGACCGGAAUGGAAUGAAGUUGGACGCAAAUUACCUGGAGGUUUAACUCGAUGGUUGGAAGAAACUGCGUCAAUGUCAUCUCAAGAGAAAAUGCAUUUCCUUGUCAAUCAGGUGACAGCACGAAAUUCUGAAAAUAUCAAAUUCAAUUUAAAUGCAUACAUAAAGGAAGAACUGAAUUUUGUUCCAUCAUUUUUACAAACGACUGGAGCUGAUGUUAUAAUAUCCAGAUCAAUACAACUUCGAGAUUGUUUAUUAUUGACACAUGAACUUUGGAAAGCUAGGAAGAAUGAAAAAGAUUCAUUGAAGAUGAAAAUUCAAUCAAAAUUACCGACAAUUGUUCAAAAUGUAUCAAAACCAUUUGAUGAAUUUCUAUGUAAUUUCUUUAAACAAAUUUAUGGUAUUGAACAAAUACGUAUUGAAUGGGUAUAUGGUUUUUAUGAAAUGUUAAUCAAAGAAAAUAAUAAUUAUAAACUUAAUGAAUUAAGAAUGAUUAUUGAAAAUAAGAUGGAUGAAGAAUGUCAUUGGCACUUGGAAUCAUGGAUACUAUUUAUUAAAGAACAAAUACUAAUAUUUAUUGAUAGCAGUAAUAAUAGUUCAGUCAUAAUGCCGACUACUGAAAACUCUGAAGAAAAACAAAAAGUAAUCUUAAAACAAACUUUACAUGAAGCGCUAUUAAAUAUAUUCAGUCAGCAAGAUUUAAACAACUUAAAUAUCAUAAUUGAAUCAGCUGAAGAGUAUGCAAGUUUACAAAUAAAAGACUCAUCUCCAAAAUCGUUAACAAAUAUGGAUGAAGGCGAAAGCAAAGAUAAUGACAAUAUACAGACUAAUUUACAGAAUAUGCUUGAUUUUAAUAAAUUAUUCGAUAAUGUACAUGAUGAAGACUUCAAUCCAUUCUUAAAAGAAUUAAUUUCAAUAUAUAAACACUUAAAAGCAACAUUUGUCAAUGGAAUUGUCACCGAACUUCAGAAGUUAAAAUCAGAUGGAGUACAAUCCAACAACGUAACAUCAGUUCAAGUAAAGCAUGCAAUCGAAUGCAUAGCUCCAUCCACUGCUGUCACAUUGAAUGUAAGACCAAAAAGUGGGAAACCCAUCACAACACAACAGCAACAGUAUACACUAUCGAUUGAUAUCGAAUCAAGUUUAGAAUGGUUGUUUAAAAUUAAUCCAAAUGAUUCACCAUUACAAUCUAUACCUUUGAAUCAGUUAACAACACGUCUUGAAGGAUGCAAUCUGUUUUUUAGAAACUAGUAUAGAAGCUUAUAAUUUUUUUUGUUCAUUUUUCAUUCAACAAACUACAUUUUUAGAGAAAAAAAGAGUUAUCUCAGUAUUUUCAAGUAAAUAGAUGUUGAAAUCUUAUAAUUGUUUUCAUUUGUUCCCCAGCAACCGUAAGAUUUUGGUUCAAAUAAUUUUUUAAUGAGAAUAUUUCUGUUUAAGUGGUUAAUAUGAAGGCUAUCUGAAAACAUUACAAUCGUCAAGCUGAUAUCCUCAUAACAUUAUCAAAUAAGUUUAGAAACAAGAGCUACUUCUGAACAAAAUUCAUUGUUGUCACUGGAAACUACAAUU